AUGUCCAAGACUUGUUUACUUUGUAACACAAAAAUACGCAUGCAAAUGCAACGUAUAUACAUGAACAUGAAUGUGGCAUGCCAAUAUAAUAUUCAGCAAAAAACCUGCUACAUCAAAGUUCUAACAAUUGAACGCUGGAAUCUUUUUGCAUUCGAACCCGGAUACUGCAUCAACAAUGCCAGGCACCUUAGCCAUUACACCAUAAAUUUAAUUAGAAUUUAUUUACCAAAUGCAAAAAUCAACAGACAUAAUUUCAUUCCUCAAUAUUUUGCUAGAUCGCUCUUGAGGUAUCGCAGUGAUGAGUGCUUUUAUGUAGGCUACGUUGGAAUUGAACUAGAACUGCCCCAAUAUCGUUUCAUUUUCUUUACGACCGUUGUAAAGCGCAACAUAAAUGCUACAAAAAAUGACGUCAGCCAUAUUGAUAAAACCGUACGAGCGUCACUUUCAACGUCCCAAUUAACAUCGUCAAAGAAUCAUAAUUUCUCAGUCGUAACAUCUUCGAUCACCCACAAUUUUGAAAUAGAAUUUUCUCACAAUGAAAUUAAAUGUAAGAACAAAGUUGCAAAAUCGGCAUCUUUAUUUCCAAAUCCAACAUUAGUCGUUCUAACAUCAGGAGAGUCAUCUUCAUUGAAGUCAUCACUAUCGCAUCCAACUUCACCUCCACUGCAGUCAUCCUUUCCAGUUCAGUCACUACCGUCUCAUCAAACCUUCAUUUUACCAUUCCCAAAUAUGACUAUCCAUAGUUCAAACACAAAUUUAAUUCUAAAAAAUGCUGAUAAAAGUAAGAUUUUAGAAAAUGUUUCCCUAAACAUUUCAUCGAGUCGUAUGGAAAUCUCUGUAACAGAAAACAAGACGAAGUCGGAUAUUUUUCGCAAACACAAAAUCAACAAACGCCAGCUGAAUAAUUCUGAUGAGGUCUUGGAAGAGCCAAUCUCCACUUCGGAGUACGAAGAGAACGAUGCUGUUUACCUGAGCGACUACGACGAUGAUUUAAACGAGACCAAUCAUAUUGAAACUAUCGUUGUAUCAACUGUAUACGGACUCACAUUUUUAGCUGGAAGCGUUGGAAAUAGUUUGGUGAUCAUCUGCAUUUUGAAUUUCCGAAAGAUGAGGUCGGUGACCAAUGUGUUUCUACUGUCUCUUGCGUUUGCUGAUCUCUUACUUGUCUUCGCUUGUGUUCCUAUCAAGGUGAGUUAG